UUUCUGUGAGCCGGUGAUGUCUCAUCUUAGCACAGGCUGGCUGCGGUACAAUGGCUGGGCUUGCCCUCACGUUGUGGCCAUCCAGGCUGCUGCGCACACGCCCACAACAUCUAGCAUGUGACGAGGCUCUGGGCCCCGGGGGCAGCUUCCCUUCGGUUUAUAUACAUCCUUUGUCCUCGCUGCGUGGAGGGGCUCCUCGCCUGCUCAGACAUCUCAAUCGUCUCCUCUCCAGCUCUGUGAACGAAAUCUUCCGGACACUUCAAGUUUCCCCUCAAAAUGGCGAAUCCUGCCGAGGCGAAUACCGCGAGGCAUCACGGCAUCGACUUCUUCGGCUCCAAGGUCGGGGGCGGCCAGGUGAACGAAUACAACUACACUGAUAUCCCCAGCAAGCUUCUGUUCUGGGACCUCUUCUACGUGUUCUACUAUGGGUGGUCGCUGCCGCUCAUCAUCAGGCCCCUGAGGCCGCGGGAGGGGAAUCACUUUGACGAGCUGGCGUGGGGCUGGGGGAACGCAUACUGCGUCAUGGUUCACACGAUCCUGAUCGUCAUGCAGCUUGCGUUCCUCAUGUGUAUCCCGGUGGCAUUCUUCAUCCCGCCUUGGGUAACGGCGAUGUUCGUCGGGGUCUUUUGGGCCGUGAACCUGCUCCUCUGCUGGACGCUCAAUGGCUCUCACAUGACGUAUAAGUCUGACCCGAAAUACACUGCGGGGAGGGAGAUACAUGAACACGAAGAAUGGCUGUACAUCAACGGCGUCGCUACUGGGCAAUACUGGCUCAAAAGCAACCUGAACAGGCUGGCACUUACGUUUGGAAGGCCAGUCUUGGGCAUCCACAAUUCAACGUAUGGGAUCAUCUUUGACCUACUGGAAUGUAUAGUGCAACGCACGUUCGGCUACCCUACCAAGGACAUACGCCGGUGCUACGUGGAGGUGAAGAGGGCAUUGUCCAAGGAGAAGAACACCAAGGUCGUGUUCAUCCUUCACUCCCAAGGGGGCAUCGAGGGCAGCGCCAUCAUCGACUGGCUCCUCCAGGAGCUUCCGCAGAACCUCCUGUCGAAGCUCGAGGUCUACACCUUUGGCUGCGCCGCCAACCACUUCAACAACCCAUUCCGCAGCGCCGCAGCGGAAGCCGAGGCAGACAGGAAGCCCCUCGCCGCUGCCGUCGACGCGGCCCUCGGCCUGCCAGCAACGACGCAGUCCCUCCCCAAGCCGAUCGACGCCAAGCCCCCUCAAGACAACAGGCACAACCCACCGCCGACGCCGCCGACACCGUCCUCGCCCGUGCUGAUGACGACGCCACCCGCCUCGCCCGGCGCGCUGGCGGGCCGCGAGACGGGCAGCCGGAACCCGGCCGCGCUGAGCGGCAGUGCCAUCGGCCACAUCGAGCACUACUGCCACUCGACCGACUUCGUAGCGCUCUGGGGCGUGCUGCACUUCAAGGCGGCGAGCGCGGCCGACCCCGCGGCGCCUGUGUUCGCCGGCCGCGCCUUCAGCCGCGCCGCCGCCCGCGGCAUGGAGGGCCACCUGCUCUGCCAGCACUACCUGAACGCGAUGUUCCCCCUGGAGAGGGAUGCCCGGACUGGGGAGCUGGUGGGGUGUGCCGAGACCAAUGCCUUUAUGGAGGGUGAGGUCACUGUCGGCACGAAUGGGGAGGAGGCGCGUGGUUCCGGCGGUACCAACGGCGACGGUGGCGAGGAGCAGCAGCAGCAGCAGCCUGGCCCGCCCGGCUUCGGCAUGUUGGGCCGUGGCGAGAAGGAGACCAUGACGCGAAAGGUGAAAGAGCUAAGCCGGCUGUGGCAGUACCGCAAUGGGAGAAGCCCUGGGAUGAAUGUGUAAUUAGUUUACUGCCAGUCGAGAUUCGAGAGGAGGCAUCCUUGGCCCUCUGUUUGGAAUCAAAAGAGGAGCAUUGUGGUGGAAAUGUCAAGGUUUGAUCUUUGCUUAGACAGAUUCUAUUCUGCACUCUGAGGUUGGACAUACA